CUCAAUACUGGGUCGAUGUUCAGCACCAGACAUGCCUGAGACUUGCGUACCUGAAGUUGACAGUGGGUCAAGUGAGGACUGCAGAUCCCCAGUAGCCUGGCUGCCAGCACAGGACAUGGCCCCGGAGGAUCAACUUGUUGAUAUCCCUCGUUUUGUGUUGUCCAGGGAGCAUCUUUCUACAGACGAAGAUAGCUCAAUACUGGGUCGAUGUUCAGCACCAGACAUGCCUGAAACUUGCGUACCUGAAGUCGUCUAUGGGUCAAGUGAGGACUGAAGCUCCCCAGUAGCCUGGCUGCCAGCACAGGACAUGACCCCGUAGGACCAACUUGUUGGUAUCCCUCAUUCUGUGUUGUCCAGGGAGCAUCUUUCUACAGACCAAGAUGUCUCAAUACUGGGUCGAUGUUCAGCACCAGACAUGCCUGAGACUUGCGUACCUGAAGUUGACAGUGGGUCAAGUGAGGACUGCAGAUCCCCAGUAGCCUGGCUGCCAGCACAGGACAUGGCCCCGGAGGAUCAACUUGUUGAUAUCCCUCGUUCUGUGUUGUCCAGGGAGCAUCUUUCUACAGACGAAGAUAGCUCAAUACUGGGUCGAUGUUCAGCACCAGACAUGCCUGAAACUUGCGUACCUGAAGUCGUCUAUGGGUCAAGUGAGGACUGUAGAUCCCAAAUAGCCUGGCUGCCAGCACAGGACAUGGCCCCGGAGGAUCAACUUGUUGGUAUUCCUCGUUCUGUGUUGUCCAGGGAGCAUCUUUCUGCAGACCAAGAUGGCUCAAUACUGGGUCGGUGUUCAGCACCAGACAUGCCUGAGACUUGCGUACCUGAAGUUGACAGUGGGUCAAGUGAGGACUGCAGAUCCCCAGUAGCCUGGCUGCCAGCACAGGACAUGGCCCCGGAGGAUCAACUUGUUGGUAUCCCUCGUUCUGUGUUUUCCAGGGAGCAUCUUUCUACAGACCAAGAUCGCUCAAUACUGGGUCGAUGUUCAGCACCAGACAUGCCUGAAACUUGCGUACCUGAAGUCGAUAAUGGGUCAUAUCCCCAGUAGCCUGGCUGCCAGCACAGGACAUGGCCCCGGAGGAUCAACUUGUUGGUAUCCCUCGUUCUGUGUUGUCCAGGGAGCAUCUUUCUGCAGACGAAGGUGGCUCAAUACUUGGUCGAUGUUCAGCACCAGACAUGCCUGAGACUUGUGUACCUGAAGAAGUCGACAAUGGGUCAAGUGAGGACUGCAGCUCUACAGUAGCCUGGCUGCCAGCACAGGACAUGGCCCCGUAGGACCAACUUGUUGGUAUCCCUCGUUCUGUGUUGUCCAGGGAGCAUCUUUCUACAGACCAAGAUCGCUCAAUACUGGGUCGAUGUUCAGCACCAGACAUGCCUGAGACUUGCGUACCUGAAGUCGACAGUGGGUCAAGUGAGGACUGCAGAUCCCCAGUAGCCUGGCUGCCAGCACAGGACAUUGCCCUGUAGGAUCAACUUGUUGGUAUCCCUCGUUCUGUGUUGUCCAGGGAGCAUCUUUCAGCAGAGGAAGGUGGCUCAAUACUGGGUCGAUAUUCAGCACCAGACAUGCCUGAGACUUGCGUACCUGAAGUCGUCAGUGGGUCAAGUGAGGACUGCAGGUUGACAAUUGGCCAUAUGUUAGAUUUAUGGAGUUUAAGAGGUCUCUAAAAUUAUGGGUGGAAGGAGCAAUACUUCACACUCUACUCCCUUCAGAUGUUAUGAGGCAGAUAGAUGUUCCAUCUGUUGAGAUGAGAGGGUCUCGUGUAUAUUAUCGAUUUACUAAAGAGACAGAGAAGAUUCUGAGAAGCACUAGAUAGACUAUAUUCCCAUCAUUGUAUAAAUAAAUGGACCUAUUGCAUCAUAUUUGUUUUUCAUAUGAUUUGUUUUUCUCUUGGCAAAAUAUAAAUAAUGAAAAAUUAAGACAAACAUCCAAAAAGGAUCCUUGUGUCCGUCCAGGUUUUUCCAACAUCCGUCUUUCGUUAUUCCAACACAAAAUAGGAAAUUUUAAAAUUACAUUCCUGUUUUAUCAUUUUUUCCCAAUUUUUAUUUUUGUUUCUCUCUUUGGUUUUCUUAUACUUCAAAUUUCAAGUUUCAAAAUGUUUUUUUCUUGAACAGCAAGAGCUGCAAAAUAGACUUUUUGUCUAUCCCUGUUCAUCCAACAUAUUUUCAGUUUUUUCCAUUUUUUUAUUAUUUUGUAAUAAGUGUUGGGGUUUAAUCCAAAAUAUUUUGCAAGAAUACAGUUUUCCAAAUGUAGAAUGGCAAAUUAUGUUGGAUUUGAUGGAAGGUACAAGUAAAUUUGUCAGUCCUGUUCGUCCAACAUUUGAUGUGUACAGCCCGAUUAUUUAAAAAAAAAACCCACAUUUUUCCCAAGAACGUUAUCUUUUUAAUGGUAGAGUUAGAAAGUAUAGAUGUAUAACUUAUUCCAUGCAAAAAAAUAUGAUGAAAUUAAUAAAAAAAAAAAUAGAAUUUCUUGUGUCUGCCACAGUAGUUCUACACUAUACUGAAAACUCGGCCACAGUCUAUUGAAGAUGAGGCAGAAAAAGAUUUACUCGGGCAAUACAAGUGGCAAAGGCAGAAAUUUAAUUCGAUUUUAGUGCCAAAUGAUGUGCACCGAGGAAUAACACUUCUUCUCCAGUACCGAAAUGC